GUAAACUUUGCAACAUGGCGGAGGAGCACAGCGGCGAGUUGGCAAGCAUGGAAAACUCCAGCCGACCCGGUUUCUGCAGCGACAAGUACUCUUUGCUGGUCAUUGUUGGACAGCCCGGUCCGGCCGGAUUUGUGGAUUUACUGGUGUCAGAGAUUGAAAGAGGUAUUCGCUCCUGGAACAUCGACUUGACUGCCUGCAAUAUAGAUGAACAGCUGAAACUGUUUAUUUCAAGACACUCUGCUUUCUUCUCUGAAGACCUCAAAGGCCAGAAGACCCUGCAGCACAGCGGGGAUGUGCUUGAGACCCAAGUGAUAGUCAACCCAUCUCAUGAUUUGGUUUGUUCAGAGGUUCGUCGGCUCAUUUCCGAUACGUCUCUUCACAAGCUGCUAAUUCUUGCUGGACGAUGUGUUGAAGACACUGGAGACCUUGUGUUACAAAUAGGGUCUUUUUCAUUAAAUGACUUUAUCCAGAUAUUUACAGAUCAAGAGAUUGGAGAUCUUCUGACCUCUGCAGACCCUACUCAGAAAGCCAGCCUAACUCUGAGCUGUCCCGAAUCUGGGAUGUGGAAAAAUUCUCAGUUGGAAAAACAUAAUUUGCAAGAUUAUAUAGAAAUUAAAACCAACCCUCCGUUAGUGCUCCCAGAGAUGGAGGGCCUUCAGGAGUUUACAGAGUAUCUGUCAGAGUCUCUUGAACCUCAGUUGCCUUUUGACUUGCUCAAGGCACCCAGUACAGUUGGCUUCCUAAAACUGUCCCGUCCCUGCUGCUAUGUGUUUCCUGGAGGAAGAGGUGACAGUGCCUUCUUUGCUGUGAAUGGUUUUAAUGUCUUAGUCAAUGGGGGGUCUGAUUCUCGAUCCUGUUUUUGGAAACUGGUGAGACAUCUAGACCGAGUUGACUCAGUAUUGCUCACCCAUGUCGGUGUGGAUAAUCUACCUGGUAUAAACAGCCUACUUCACAGAAAAGUGGCUGAACAACAAGAAGAGGAGUCCGCUGGAUCGCAGAGAAAUGAAGAUUGGCAGAGGAAUCUGAUAUCUCCAGAAAUAGGGGUUGUAUUUUUCAAUGCUUCAGGAAGACUCAAAACAUUACAGAGUGACUCCAAGGUCCUUCGAAGUAGUGAUCAGGGUUCCCUAACAUUACAGCAUUUAGAAAGGUUGUCAAUUCUUCCAGAACAGCUCAGUCGCUCUGCUGGGCCAGCUGUCGAGCCGGUAAUUCUAUUCCAGAAGAUGGGUGUAGGUCGACUAGAUCUUUAUGUACUCAAUCCAGUCAAAGGUAGCAAAGAACUAGAGGCUUUCUUGCAAACUUGGCCUGCCAGCACUCCGAAUAUAAAAACCUCAGAAAUCCCUCUAGAGUGUAUGGUGUCCAUAUGUGCACUGUUGGUAUGGCAUCCAGCUAAUCCUCGAGAAAAGAUCAUUCGUGUUCUGUUUCCUGGGUGCACUCCAGAAUCCAAGAUCUUCGAGGGUUUAGGAAGACUAAAGCAUCUAGAGUUCCUCAAACACCCAGAAGUUAGUUUGAAAGAUCUUGAGGCAUCAAAAUGGGAUAAACAGCCAAAGCGUGCUGAGAGCAAGGAAAGCCUUAAGAGUAUUUCCAAAGAGUCUCGACCUGGUAGUGCCUCACUCAAAGACAAGGUAAGCAAAGUAGAUUUGAAAAGGCAAGACACUAAAACAAAGAUUAAACCCACUAAUGACACCGUUCCAAAAGAAGGGAAAGAGGGUGAGGAAAAAGCGAAGCCAAAAGAUGAUGUGAAACAAAGAACUUCUAAGCCUGAAAAGCAAGUGGCUAAGAAAGAACCUGCUAAAGAUGAAAAAAAGGAAGUUGGGAAGAAAGAGGAAAGGCCACCGACAAGUAUUGCAAAGAAAGAUGAGAAUGUAGAGAAAAAGAAAGAACCCUUGAAAAAAGAUCUUGGUGCAAAGCCCAAGAAAGAUAUUAAACAUGAUUUGAAAAAGGAGAUCAAGAAAGAGGUCAAACCAGAAGACAAAAAAACUACCAAAACUCUUGGCAAGGAUGUUAAGAAAGCCACUGGAAAUUUGCCAGGCAAUGCAGAGGCUAGAAAGACAGUUGGCAAGUAUGGCUCACUAAAGAAAGAUUUGACGCUCCCUAAAAAGGAUCCUUUGACCAAAGGGAAGCCAAAGCAAGACAAAAAGGAGCCUGACAAUCUGAAACCCUCAAGUGCAGUCCAGUCAAAGACAUCUACACCUGAGGACAUUACUGCCCAGUUGGAAAAGUUGGGGAUGGAGAAUGAACAUGGGCCAUUGGAGGAUGUUGAAGGCAACCAUGUGAGCUCAAGAACAGAAUGUGCCUCUGAGAACAAUGACAAGCAGGUGAAUGGCUCUACAACAAAUACUGAUGAAAGUCCAGAGAAGUUUCGCAGUAUGGAUGGGGCCCCUGACUCAAACAGUGCUAUUGGACUUCCCUCCCCACUUGCUCCAAAGAGUGAGAAAAGUGUUAAUUUUGAUAUCACACCAACAGAGCUUGAUGGAUGCCUCAAAGACGAUGUCUGUACAAGCUCGGAUGAAAAAACCCUUGAGUUAUUUUCCCCCACAGACUCUGGGAAGAACAGUUCAGGGCAUUACCCACAAUCCCCUGACAAUUCUUCUCAGGUCUCUGGUGAAGAUUGCAAGGUAGGUCUCAGGAACUCUGGUCUUGGUUUUGAAGACAGUCAGCAAGUCUGCAAGAACUCGAUGGCAGGUUGUUCAAGAAGCAAUAUAGAAAACAGCUCCAUAUCAUCACAAGAUAGACAAUCAAGCUUUCUCUCCUCGACUUCUCUUAAAGAUACUCUACCCGAUGCCUCUCCCAGCAUCACUUCCUUUCCUGCGGAAGUUGGCUCUCCACACUCCACUGAAGUAGAUGAUUCGUUAUCGGUUUCCUUCGAACAAGUGCCUGUUUGUCAUUCACAGGAAGAGUUGGGCAGCUUGGCAUACACUAAUGGACAUUUAGCAGACCGUGACCCCAAAACAGAUAUGUCUCAUAAUAGUCACCACGCAUAUGAUGAAUCAGAGAAUCACCUCUUUGGACCACAGAUUGACAUCCUUCCACAUGAUGUCGAUCUAUGUCUGGUUUCACCCUGUGAGUUUAAGCAUCACAAUUCUCCAGAGAACCAACAGGGACUCUCUUCGGAGGUUCCUGCUCCAAGUCCUGACCUCUCUCUGAAGCCCGGUAGACUGACCUACCAGUGCAGUAGUAGCGAUCAUCAGUCUCUGGAAGGUCAGGAGAUGACGUCCUCUGUCAGCGUCUCUCUCAUCUCGGUUUCUGAUUCUGAUGUGCCACCAGCCACUGAAGAGUGUCCCUCCAUUACUGAGGACUUGGACUCUGAUGAGGACCCUAGUGACAUCUUUCCACCACACCAUCCUCACGACCAUCCUAGCAGUCAUUCGUUACACCACAAUUCCCAGCAUGUCUCUGAAGACCCUCCACCUGCCCCAAUGAAAGAUUUACCUCCACUGCCACCCCAGCCCGAUGCCUGCAUGGCUGACCCAGAGGCUGAUGGUCAGGGUAGAUCUUCCAAGAAUGUAACAUCAAAGACCAAAAAAUCAGCACCUGUGUCCACAAAGACUGCAUCUGCAAACAUCGUAACACAGGGUGGGAAGACAAAGACUGGUGCUCAGGUGUCUGCCAGUGGAACUAUUCGGCCAACAUCCAGUCUGGACACCAGACCUGCAUCCCGCAAUGCUGUUAGCGGAUCUAGACCAGUGCCUUCAAAGUCCUCAUCCAGUUCUGUCAGUGCAAAUUCAAGUUCAGUACCCAUCUGUUUGGACUUGGCAUAUUUGCCCUCUGGCUCAGCAGCUUCCACUGUCGAUGCAGAGUUUUUCCGGCGCCUCCGUUCAUCCUGCUAUAUAAUUAGUGGGGAUGAACCACAAAAGGAAACAGUCAUGAGAUCUAUUCUCAACUCUCUUUUAGAGGGCAAAGCAUCCUGGCCAGAUGUGCAGGUGACUUUGAUCCCCACGUUUGACUCGCUGACUAUGCACAGCUGGUACCAGGAGACCCAUGAGCGGCAGAGAGAUCUAGCGAUCACGGUACUUGGGAGCAACAGCACCGUAGCCAUGCAGGACGAGACCUUUCCAGCAUGCAAAGUGGAGUUUUAAAGACACCUGAAAAAUCACACCCCUGCCUGUCACUAGAGCACUUCUGUUCACUCUCACAACGUUGUCUCUCAUUUUCUUCACACAUUUUAUCUUGAGCAGCAGGGUGAAGCAUUUCAGAUGAAUUAAUCAGCAAUUACUUUUUAUCUGUAAUGUUAACAUCUACUCUAGCUGCUUAUUAAAAUGUUGUGGAUUCUGUGUGAACAGGGUAGACAAUGUUGCCUUUUUUUAUGGCUAUUUUUAGCAGUUUUACAUUUGUCCAUGUAAUUGUAUUCAUUGCAUCUAUUUGAUUAUAUAGAAUGUUGGAGUUUCAUCUGAACAAUUUACCAUAUGUCAUGGUCCUACAUACACAUUUUGCACAGUUUAGAUGCCCAUUAGAAAACUAUGGCAGAAUAGAGAUAGACAUCUGGGUUAACACUUGAUAUGUUUGUAUUCCAGCGUUUCACUGUACAGAUCCUGCACUAAAUGAUGCAGUGUUUUUUUUUCACCUUCAGCAUGUUUGUUUUCUUUUAGGGAGGAAAUGAAGGCAAUUAAAAUAUUAUGUUUUGUUUACCAGAACUGAACCACCUUUACCAGCUAGAUAAACACUUCUCUAGUACAGUAAUUUGUACCAAUUAGAUUUUCAGAUUAAAACACAGCAGAAAAUGUGGUUUCAAAAUGUAAGCAAGAUCAAAUUAUUUUAGUGCAUCAAACGACUUAUGUGAACACUAUGUAGCAAAGUAAAGUAUUUUUGUGAAGCAUAUUUGAAAAUAUAUGAAGUGAAACAUUUUAAUUCUGCAUUUAUUGAGAGUGGAGAAUAUUAUAGACUUUGCUUUUUUUGGGGGGGGGUAGAGACAACAUGUGUACAAAGCUGAAUGCCUUAUUGUUCUUGCCAUAAUCGACAAACACUAACGCAGCAUGUCAUUCAUGACACUUAAUUUGAGUUAUGAAUACUUUUUGCUGAUUACCUUGCUUUCCUGCUUUUUAUUGAAUGUCAUGUUGACAAGCUCAACCAAUGUGUAUGUUGCCACAGCAAUGGCUGCUAUACUUUCUGAGAAAUAAAAUGUUUAAUUGUGAUCAGGUGGAGACAUUUCCAUAAAAAAAA